UACGUGGCUUGUUCCUCGUUUAGCGUCUUAGACGCAGCCAGCGACUGCCAGAUAAACAGACAGCGACUGUCUGUGCUACAGCCAUAUACUGCCUGAAGUUACAUCCAGCGACUGCCUGAGCUAUAGCCAGAGACUACCUGAGCUCCAGCCAGCGACUGUCUGAGAUACAUCCAGCACCCGUCUCUGAGUGGAGACACGGGGCGAUGGCGAGUGCGGUUCCCAGUGGUAGCGAGGCCCCAGGGGAGUUGACCUGCCCCAUCUGCCUGGACGCCUUCCACUGCCCCUGCACGCUCAGCUGCGGCCACUCGUUCUGCCUCAAGUGCGUGAAGGGCACCUGGGAUGUGACUAAGUCCUUUUCCUGCCCGCAGUGCCGAGUGACCUUCCCUCGGAGGCCCAAACUGAGCAAGAACUUCACGCUCGCCAACCUGGUGGAGCAGCGUAGUGCCGCAGAUGAAUUGCCCACCGUGGUCUUAUGUGACUUCUGCAACGAUGGCACGACCGCUGCCUUGAAGACCUGCCUCAGGUGUGAUAUGUCCUACUGUGCGACUCAUGUAAAGCCUCAUCAGGAGAUCCUGAAGUUAAGUAGCCACAUUCUGGUGGAUCCAGGUACGAAUCCUGAAGAACGCAAAUGCAAGAAACACAGAAAGAGGAUCAAGUUUUACUGCCGACAGGACGAGAGCUUGGUCUGCACAACCUGCAUCAUUGCAGGAGACCACAAGGGUCACGAUGUGGCUUCGCUGGAGGAUGAGCACAAGACACGGCAGAAACAAGUGGGAGAGGAGACGCGGGGGGUGGAGGAGAAGAUUAGGGAAGCGGAGGAGUCCAUAAAGCGGAUGGAGGCCGCUCGCAGGGACGUGCAGGGAUCGAUGACCAGGGUGAGGGAGCGAAUCAAUGGCGAGUUUGCCCGCAUGAGAGCAGCUCUGGACGAGGACGAGAAGGCGGCUCUGGCUCGUGCAGCCAUGAAGGAGCGCGAGCUGCUGACCCAGAUCGAGACGAACAUCGCUCACUACCAGCGCGAGAUCGGCGAGCUCCAGGCAGCAGCCACUCGUCUGGAGGUCCUAGCGCAGGAGAGGGACUCGCUCGCCUUCCUGCAGGGGCACCUGGAGGAGACGCGCAGGACCGGGAGGGUUACAACGUCUCAACCCUCAGCUCCCCGCCAAGAGGACAUUGCCUCACUUAAAGUCCUGGAGACAACUACUGUCAAGUUCAUGUACGGAUGCUCACCGACUCUGGACACAAACUCAGCUCAUAACCAACUCCAGAUUUCCUCGGAUCUCAGGUCAAUUACGCUGAAAGCUGCCUCUCAGGGUCGCCCCGAUCACCCACAUCGGUUUGAUGGCUGUGCACAAGCCCUGUGCUGUGAGAGCUUCUCAUCUGGCCACCACUACUGGGAGGUGAACGUGGGGGACACACGGCUGUGUCGGGUUGGAGUCGCAUACGGGACGAUCCCAAGGAAAGGGGGUGGUGCUGCACGACUGCUGGGAGGGAGCGACGCGUCCUGGUGUUUAGAGAAAUGUGACAACAUCUUCUCAGUGGUUCAUGGUGGAGUGAAGACUGCACUGUCGGUGAGGGGGGCCCCCUCCCCCCGCAGAAUCGGGCUUCAUCUGCACUGGGAGGGGAGGCUCCUGGCAUUUUACCGCGCCGACUCCAUGGAGGUGAUCCACGAGGUUCGGCAGAGAUUCUCGCAGCCUCUCUACCCUGCGAUGUGGAUGGGGUGUUUGAAUGAUCGAUUGAAGAUCGUGGAUCUGAGUCGUGCAUCCUGAGGAUGAGAGAUAGAAACCAAGACAGAACCCAAGAAACAGAGGAGAGGGUGGAUGUUGAGGAGAGGGGGAAGUGAGGGUGAGGGGAAGGAUGAAAGGAAGGUUACGGGUGAGCGUGGAGGGUGAUGGUGAAGGGUGAGGAGAGUGUGAGGAGAGGAUGUGAAGGAGGGUGUAAAGAGACGGUGAGGGGGAGGUGAGGUUGAGUUUGUGUGAAAGAACCUGUGCAGUUCAAAUCGCAGGUUCGUGUGGCCGCUCCUUCACCUGCAGUGCGUGCUCACAUCACCACACCGUCUCAUGCCUGCGAUUCACCAUCAUCACCAUCAUCACUGUCAUCAUCACUACCAUCACCACCAUCAACACCACCACCAUCAUCAUUAUCACUACCAUCACCACCAUCACCACCAUUAUCACCCCAUCAUCACGACUGUCAUCAUCACGACCAUCACCACCAUCAACACCACCACCAUUAUAAUCACCAUAGUCAUCACUACCACCAUCAUCGCCAUCAUCAUUACCAAUAUCAUCAUCAUCAUCACCAUCAUGAUCACCACCACCACAUCAUUAAAAACCUCCAUCACUAUCAUCAUUACUAUCAACUCUACCAAAACUAUCAUAAUCACUAUCACCAACAUCGUCAAUAUCAUACCACGUUCACCACCAUCAUUACUAUCAUCACCAUCACCCCAUCAUUACUAUCAUCAGCAACAUCAUCAUCAACAUCAUUAUCUUCAUCAUCACCACUACCACAACCACCACCAUCAUCAUAAUCAUUAUCACCACAAUAAUCAGCACCAUUAUCACGUCCAUCAUCAUAAUCAUUACUUAUCAUUACCACUAUCAUCACUAUCAUCAUUGUCAUCAUCACUAUCAGAACCCACAUCACCAUCACCAUUCUUACCACCAACAACAACAACCGCCAUUCGCCACUAAGUCGCGGUGACGUCACCACGACGCUUGUGCCAGGCUAUGUGCACGUUGAGGCCACGUGGCCUCAUUCUUACCACCACUACCACCACAAUCAUCACAAUCAUUACCAUCAUCAACAUCAAUACCACAAAAACUGCCAUAAUUAUCACCAUUAUCACAUCCACCAUCACGACCAUCAUCACCACUAUCAUCCUCACCUUGAAAACCACUAUCACCAUCAUUCCCACCAUCACCCUCGUCAUCGCCCCUUACCACCAUCUCCCUCAUCACUACCAUUACUACCACCACUGUCAUUAUCACCACCGCCACCAUGAUCACCACCAUCAUUAUCACCAUCACUACCAUCAUUACUACUGUAGUAAGUAUGUAGGAGGCUUGACGACAGGAUCGGAGGCACACUUGUUUAUUACACCAACACAGUAAUCACGGGUCACUUGGCUACAGGGAUGCACAACAGCUAACCCCGCUAACCUAUGCCAAUCCCUCCACUACGGGGCUAGGGGAGGUUAUCUGUCCCAGCCUGGUUAAGCUGGGAUCCCGGCUCCCUGAGUCUCCAGACCAGCUUAGUCUGGGCUCUCGGGGCCACGCCACCGGCUUGCCCUGGUCGGCCCUUAUAAGGACAGCGAGCCAGGGGAGCUCUGGGGCCUAUUCUAGCAGGUCUUCCUUCUUCUCUGGUUAAAGCUGAGCCCCGACCUCGAGCCCUCGAGCUCAUCACCUUUUAUAGGACUCGCCCCCGAGGGGGGGCCCGUGGGGGAUGCACAUGCGGACGUCGGUGCGAGCGCCACCCUUGUGUACGGCCGUAACCCCGCCCCUUGUGUUUGUUGGCCAUCCGUGGCCAUGCAUAAUUACACCUCAAC